AGGUUUAUCUUCGGGACUGGUAAUUCUACUUUUAUAAGUGGGUGUAACAACAACAAAUAUUUUUACUGCCAUUUGCUCCGUAACUUUUCUCAAGUUAAACGAUAACCUAUGAUGAAGUACCUACAGUGUUAUUGAGUUGAUCAUCCUCCUUGACUGGUGCAGAUAAGUUAGUUGUCUCCGAUUUGUGUGAUAUCGUACGCGGCUGCGCGAGCGCAAUAAACUGUGAGGAAAUAAUCUUCCAGUAGCAGGAAUCGCGCGAAGCUUGGUAGACGCGAGUGAAGUGAUUAUUUUAUAAGUACAAUUAAAAACAUGGGUCAGUUAAAUUUGGAAGAAGAGGCCGGUAUUAAUAGUGAGCUAGUUUUCUUCGUUAAUGGGAAAAAGGUGGUAGAAUUGAAGCCUGAUCCCGAAUGGACACUGCUGUGGUACUUGAGGAAGAAGCUGCGACUGACAGGCACCAAGCUGGGUUGUGCGGAGGGCGGCUGUGGAGCUUGCACCGUUAUGGUGUCCAAAUACAACCGCCAGGAGAAUAAAAUUGUUCAUUUGGCAGUGAAUGCGUGUUUAGCACCAGUUUGCUCUAUGCACGGCCUCGCAGUCACCACAGUGGAGGGUAUUGGCUCCACUAAGACGAAACUUCAUCCAGUACAAGAACGCAUCGCAAAAGCACACGGUUCUCAGUGCGGUUUCUGCACUCCUGGCAUAGUAAUGUCCAUGUACGCUUUAAUCAGGAGCUGUAAAAACAUCAAAUAUUCCGAUAUGGAAGUCGCGUUUCAAGGCAACUUAUGCCGAUGCACAGGGUACAGAGCGAUCAUAGAAGGUUACAAAACAUUUAUUGAAGAUUGGGAAACCAAAAGGCUAGUAGGGGAUACACAAACUUCUCGUGGAUGUGCCAUGGGCAAAGAAUGUUGUAAAAAUAAGACUAAUCGUGAUGAAAAUAAAAGUGAAACUGAUUACAUAUUUGAUAGAUCGUCUUUUCUACCGUACGACGCCAGUCAAGAGCCAAUAUUUCCACCUGAAUUAAAGCUGUCGGAUGUUUAUGACAGGCAAUAUUUAAUAUAUAAAGGGAAGAAUACCACAUGGCACCGACCAACGGAGUUAAUCACAAUUUUGAAAUUAAAGGAACAGUACCCUGGUGCUAAAAUAGUAGUCGGUAAUACGGAAGUUGGUGUCGAAGUCAAGUUUAAACAUUGUAUGUAUCCAACAAUCAUAAUGCCAAACUUAAUUCCAGAAAUGAAUAAUAUUACAGAAAAUAAUGAUGCUCUCACAGUCGGUGCAGCUGUUACUCUCAUGGAUAUGGAUAACAAAUUUAAAGAAUACAUUGAAAAUCUACCACGUUAUAAAACAAGGACACUAUCAACGAUUGUAGAUAUGUUAAAUUGGUUUGCCGGCAAACAGAUAAGAAAUGUAGCAGCUUUAGGAGGAAACAUUAUGACUGGGAGUCCUAUUUCAGAUUUGAAUCCUAUUUUAAUGUCACUAAGAGUAAAGUUAAACCUUUUGAGCAAGCAGAAUGGUCAUCGAUCUGUUUUAAUGGAUGAAAAAUUCUUUACGGGAUAUAGGCGAAAUGUGGUCAAAUCUGAUGAAGUUUUGCUAUCGAUAGAGAUACCAUUUUCCAAAAAAUAUCAAUAUGUAAAAGCUCUUAAACAGGCAAAGAGGCGAGAAGACGACAUAUCCAUAGUUACUACUGCAAUAAACGUGGAAUUCAAAGAACACUCAAAUGUUAUUAAAAACAUUGAUAUUGCUUAUGGUGGUAUGGCUCCAGUGACACUGGUAGUAACAAACACUUGUAAAUCACUAAUAGGUCAGAAGUGGAACGAUGAUUUGUUCGAAAAAGCUUAUUCAAAUUUGUUACAAGAGCUACCCCUUAAUCCAUCGGCUCCUGGUGGUAAUAUACAGUACAGAAGGGCUCUUACAAUGAGUCUAUUCUUAAAAGCUUAUUUAGCUAUUGCUAAAGAAAUGUGCAGAGAUUAUAUUAGUGAAGAUUUUAUCAAGCCUUACCACAGUAGCGGCGCUGAACAAUUUCAUGGCGGCAUGCCAAAAAGUUCACAAUAUUUUGAAUUAAUAGGAGAUAAGCAGAAGAAAACUGAUAUGGUUGGAAGACCAAUUCAACAUAUGUCAGCUUACAAACAAGCUACGGGUGAAGCAAUAUACUGUGACGAUAUACCAAUAGCUGAAAAUGAAUUGUAUCUCGCGUUCGUACUAAGUACUAAAGCACACGCGAAUUUAAAAUCAGUUGAUCCUCAAGAGGCCUUACAACAACCCGGUGUUGUGGCAUUCUUUUCACAUAAAGAUUUGACACCGGAACAAAACAAAAUUGGCCCAAUCUUUCACGAUGAAGAGCUUUUUAUAAGCAAAAAGGUUUUCAGUCAAGGACAAAUAAUUGCAGCGAUUGUGGGAGUAGAUCAGGCGACAGCUCAAUCUGCCGCAAGAAAAGUAAAAAUUGAAUACGAAGAACUUCAACCUAUCAUAGUCACUAUGGAAGAUGCAAUCAAGCACAAUUCAUUUUACCCACAAUAUCCAAAGACAAUACGAAGAGGCGACGUUAACACUGUUUUUGAAGAUAAAAAUAAUAUUGUUAUCGAAGGGCAGUGCAGAAUGGGCGGACAGGAACAUUUUUAUUUAGAAACUCAUGCUGCCUUUGCAAUCCCGAAAAAGGAAGAUGACGAAUUAGAAAUAUUUUGCUCCUCACAACAUCCUUCUGAAAUAGUGAAACUCACUAGUCAUGUAUUGCAUGUUCCUAUGAACAGAAUAGUGGCUAGAGUAAAGCGAAUGGGUGGCGGGUUCGGAGGUAAAGAGUCAAGAGGCAUACUUACAGCUUUGCCAGUGGCGCUUGCGGCUCACAAACUGCAGAAGCCAGUGCGGUGUAUGCUUGAUCGGGAUGAAGACAUGCAGUUGACCGGUACUAGACAUCCCUUUUUGAUAAAAUAUAAAGUAGCAGCUACAAAAGAAGGAAAAUUAAUGGGUGCUAUUGUGAAUAUUUACAAUAAUGGAGGGUAUUCCAUGGAUUUGUCCGGCGCUGUAGUGGAAAGGGCGAUGUUCCAUUUCGGAAAUGCUUACUACAUACCAAACGUAGAAGUUACGGGUCACGUGUGUAAAACAAAUUUACCUUCAAAUACUGCAUUCCGCGGAUUCGGAGGACCACAGGGUAUGUUUGGUGCCGAGAAUAUGAUGAGACAUGUAGCAUCUGUUCUUGGGAAGAAUCCCGAAGAUUUGAGCAAACUGAACUUAUAUCGCGAGAACUUAGUAACUCAUUAUGGCCAAAUUUUGACCCACUGUACUUUACAAAAAUGCUGGGACGAAUGCGUCGAAAAGAGUAAUCUUGUUGAUAGAAAGAAGAAUAUUGACCUUUUUAAUAGACAACAUCGAUGGCGAAAACGGGGAAUUUCUAUCAUUCCAACCCAAUUUGGUAUAGCAUUUACAGAGAAGAUGUUGAAUCAGGCUGGUGCUUUAGUUAUGAUUUACGUAGAUGGAUCGGUGCUGUUGUCACAUGGAGGUACAGAGAUGGGGCAAGGAUUACACACAAAGAUGCUUCAAGUAGCUUCACGUGUUCUAGGUGUUGAUAUAUCAAAGAUUCAUAUUAGUGAGACUGCUACUGACAAAGUACCAAAUACCUCCGCCACAGCGGCGAGUGCGGGAUCUGAUCUAAAUGGAAUGGCUGUGCUUGAGGCAUGUCAGAAGCUAGUAAAACGACUUCAACCAUAUAAAGAAAAGAAUCCUAAUGGGAAGUGGGAGGAUUGGGUUAUUGCAGCAUACCUCGAUCGAGUCAGUCUAUCUGCUACUGGGUUCCAUGCAACUCCAGAUAUCGGAUACGAUUUCAAAACGAACACCGGCAAGCCUUUCAAUUAUUUCACUUUUGGAGUGGCAUGUUCAGAAGUGGAAAUCGACUGUCUAAGUGGAGAUCAUCAAGUGAUACGGACCGAUAUAGUUAUGGACUUGGGUGAAAGCAUAAAUCCUGCCAUUGAUAUCGGACAGAUAGAAGGCGCUUUUGUGCAGGGAUAUGGCUUGUUUACUAUGGAAGAAUUGAUUUACUCACCAACAGGUACAUUGUACUCGAGGGGUCCAGGUGCGUACAAAAUACCAGGAUUCGGCGACAUUCCUCAGGAAUUCAACGUUUCCUUACUGAAGGGAGCUCCGAAUCCAAGAGCUGUGUAUUCAUCAAAGGCUGUGGGUGAACCUCCGUUAUUCUUGGCGAGCACCGUGUUCUUCGCAAUCAAAGACGCUAUAAGGGCUGCUAGAGCGGAUGCAGGUGUUCCGCUAUACUUCGACCUCGAAUCACCAGCCACGUCGGCGCGAAUUCGUAUGGCGUGCGAGGAUCACAUCACUAAGAAGCUUGACAAGCCGAACCCGAACAGCUUUACGCCGUGGAAUAUUGUACCAUAAUACGAUACAUAUAUAUUUAGUGAUUACAGUAUACGUAAAUAUAACUAAUUGAAUAUCUGUAAGAAUAUAUCUUUAUAUCAUCUACGUAAAAACAGUAGUAGUGUAGUGUUGUGAAUACGUUAAUUAUUAUAAGUAGAACAAAAAAUUAAUAAUUAUAUAGAAAAAUAUAGUUUUUAUUGAGACUCACAAUCAAGCCCCAUCGUUUGUAUAAGUAUAGAUGUAAAGGUCAACGGGCAAAGUUGGUAUUUUUUUGUUUUAUACACUGACAAUGAACACUAAAAAGAAUCAAAUAAUUAUUAAAGGUAGAUCGCUUAACUGAGUCCUCGCCUGCGGGGUGAAGGGUGUGGGGGACAGCGUUGCCAGACGUCCCGAUUUUUAAAUCAAAAUUUAAUGUCCCGGGACAGCCUCAAUCUCGCUUUUCGGGAAUAACUGGACCGUGUGAGCAGCGCACUGAAAAAGCGCGCGCGGGUGGCACCGACAAGUGUGAACUGACCGCGCGACCGACCGGCGCGUAAUGAAGAUAAAUAUUGAGUAACUUUUGAUUAUUUACGUUUUUUUACUAUGUCCCGCUUUCGACGAAAGAAUCCCGCUUUUUUCACUCAAAAAGUUCCUAAAUCCCGACUUGGCUAAAAAAUUCUGGCAAUGGGGGACGACGAGAAUGGGGUCCGUGAGAAGUGCGGGCGCGGGCGCUUGUAUUUUUGACAAGAAUAUGCCUGCCGCCACACCCUUUACCCCGCAGAUGUGGGCUGAGUUAAGUGGUCUACCUAUAGUUUGCAAGGUGAGUGAAGUUAUAAUAUGCGUCAUCAAUAGUACUACUUUAUAAAUCAAAGUCCGGUCGAAUUUAUUUAAAGAUGAAAUGCUUUAAAAUAAUUUUCUUAUAACUUAGUAGCUAUUCGUGCGUUUGAGAUGUGACAAUGCGGUCAAACUGUUGCCCCCUUAUUAAUAAACGAGGAAUAAGCUUAGGCUAGUUACAACGUGUUUGUUCAUGUCACUCAAGUGCCAUUUGCAAUUCAAUGAACAGAGACAAAACAUAGAGUUACUAAUCUAAUCUUAUUCGUCGUUUAGUUAUUUAAGGGGGUUGGAGUUUGGUAGAAUAUAAAAAAGUAAUGAACUCAAUAUUUUUGAAAAUAUAAAUAAAUAAAUAGAAAUAUUUCAUACUGAAUUAAUUUUAAUAUUAAAGAUAAAUGUAAAAUUUCAUUUAAUAAAUAAUGAAAUCUUAAUAUUAAUCUGCAUUAGCUAGUUUUAUAAAAACUAAUUUUGAUAUAAAGAAAAGGCAGAAAAUGUAUAGAUAAAAUUAUUUAUUUAUUUUAAAAUCAUAUCUAAUAUAAUACAAUUGAGUGACUAAUAAACAACAAUGGUCAAUAAAUUAAACAUUGCAAUAAAUGUAGUGUAUAAACAGCUGGUUUUGCAUAUCUUAGGAUGGCAAUUUAAAAGGAUAUUUUUAUGAAUAACAAACAUCUGAUUCAGCCAUUGUAAUCAAAUGCACAACAUCAUUAAUUGCGAUUAUCAUAGCUUAGUGAUCUUCACUUUACUUUAUCCCUCGUUUUUAUUCCUUAACAUAGUAGUUACUCAUCUAUUAUAAAACAAUUACAAAGAUUUAAUGUGCCUUAUGAAAUAGUUUGACGAGGUGAUUUCCACGGAUCUAGCUUGUAACCCAGAACUUUUAAUGUCAUUAUAUUAUUAUGCAUGUCAGCGGAUAGCAUACAGAAAAUCAUUUGGCAUUUACUUAUUUAGCAAACAUUCAAACGCAUAAUUAAGGAAGCCAGAAUCAUCUUUUGGCAUAAACUAAAUAUCCACAAUAAUUAAAAAGCAGAAUUAUCAUAUCGCAGAAAGUUCACAGUAUUCUUCUGGCACACAAAAAUUUAACUUUUCUUAUUAAUCAUCAUCUAUUGUCUAUGGGGACUAGCGCAUUGCUGGCCGCUGCACGCUCGCUUUGCUAAGAUUAGGUCCAACACUAACCUAACCUAACCCACUGACCACAAAUACCGAUCAUGCUUAGCGAAAUUAUGCAGAAUAAAAUUUUGCCAAAGGUAAUGCUUAUUAAAAUUCUUCCAUCUCAAAAGUAUGCUAUUGUGAAUUCAGCCAUAUAAACAUUCGGCCUAUUAAUAUUAUACUUAAUAAAAAACAUGCCUUACAAAUAUUCGUUUAACGAAGAUUAUACCAAAUAAAUUUCGGAACAACAAGAUUCAGCCAGAUAGAGGGAACCCGAUUUGCACAGAUGAAAACCAACUUAGAAAUGGAAGAAUCCGACUGGUGUUGUAAUACAAAACCUUAUAUCUUAAAUUUAUUCAAUCUUAUAUAAAUAAGUUUUAAUUUAUUUUCGUUUUCCAUACCCAAUCCAUAGCACCCAAGAGUUAUUUCUCUCAUACAGUGAACUCUGUUUCGUCACGUAUUACAAUAUAUGUAUAUAUUUUUUAUUAAAUAUUUACUUUUUAUCGGCAGAUCUAUUUGUAAAUAUACAUAUUAUAUGCAACUUGCUACAACCAAGUUGCGAUCGAGUUUCUACCGAAUAUAGUCGUUCACAAUGACGCUAAAAUUCUUUAUAACGUAAAGAAGACCAGUCUCUGUAGCAUGAGCACCACAAUAUACACUUUAACACGUUUUUUAUCGUGUCUUACUGUCAAACUCCAUAGUAAUUUGGCAAUUAAGAGAGGAGGAGAGAGGGCCCGACACCUUCGUUUAAUGGUUUUGAAUAACAAUAAAGUUUGUGAUUUAAUACAAAAUACAUACACGAAGCCUGAAAAUAUAAUAUUUUACUACACUCCUUUUUCGAAGUCGUGCAAAAACCAUACUAGCUACUCAGGCGCGUUGAUAUAUCCGUAAUAGAUCUGCCGAUAUAGAAAACUACGCUUUGAUUAUCAUUUAUAGAUUGAUAGUGUAUAGCGAUAAAGCAUGUAAAUCGAAUGAAGUUGUUGGGCGGUGAAGGUUAAGUGAGAAAACAGCAAAGGCAGUAUGCAAACUCUUUGAGCAGUGAUAGAGUCAAAGAAUAUUAUGCUACUUUUUUAUUACUUAAAUUUAAAAACAUUAUAGCCAAAAAUAGUGGAAGACCAAUUAAUAAAUAAAUAGGAAAAUAUUUAUGUAGAAUAAUAAGUCAACAAGUAUGUGUACGUAAGAAAUAAAUAAAUAAAGUAAUAUAAUGAUCAUACAUAUGAAAUCAAAGAUAGAAAAGUUGAUGAUGUUGAUGAUAGAUUAAUAUGAAUUUUGGUAAUUAAUAAAUAAAUGCAUUCCGUGAGACGGUAUUCGUAUUCUUCUUAAACCACAACUAUAUAUCUAGUUUUACAAAUAGGAUUACAAAAUGUCGUACUCAUUAGACUUCAACAGUAUAUUAUGAUAGAUUACCACAUCUUAAAGUUUAUAACUAAAAGAAAAUAAAAUAAAUAAUUUAAUAUCAUUUACGAUUCGUCCAUACUGAGGCUUUGUUUGUUAAUUAUAAAACAUUUUCAUGAGAUUAUUUUUUAAAACUUGUUUUCGAUACCAAAAAGCUAUGCUCAAUAUGAUCUUUUAAAAAAAAAAGAAAAAAGGAUAAUAAGGAUUUUUGUAAAGGAUCUUCAAUAUACAUGUCAAACAAUUUCAAUCAUUAGGAUUCGAUACUAAUGGUAGAAAGGAACUCUUUAAAAAGCAAAUGACACAUCCCAAAUUGAUUUAUAUCUAACUCAUCAAAAGAGUCUCAGCAACAUAAACGUUUUUGAACUUUUGACCGAUGUUUAAUAUUUUUAAUACUUAAUUUUUAUUAAUAAUAACCAAUUUGAUUAAACCAACUUGCAGUUUGCGUAAAUGAUGCAUGUUGCUAAAGCUUUUUUGAUGUGUGUAGUAUAGGUGCGAAAAUUCUGUAUGAGUAAACAAAACCAAGUGUUCCCCAGCGGUUACGAGCCAUAAUUUUAUGAAUAAAAUAAGUAAAUAUACGUAAGGACUAAGAACUAUAAAAUCACAACAUAAAAUAAAAAUCAUAUAAAAGUUAGGUAUGGCAAGACUGAUUAAGUAUCAAUAAAAAUUAUAAAACCAUAACAUGUCUGCUUAUCUGUGGGGUGAUUGGCUCAAAGUAUGUCAAAAAUAUGACGUUUGGCGGUGAACAUUUUCGUUAAAUCGGGUCCCCAGAAAAAGAUUUUUGUAAACAUUAAACCAAAACACAUACGCGAAACUUUGUUUCUGAAUUAUGUUAAUCUACACACGCCGUCUACUGCUCGCGUGGCCGUGGCUGUAGUACUCAAAAUACACAGUGCUCGUGUGACAAAAGUUUCAUACAUUUUAUGUCAGAAUUGAAACUUUAAGUUACACUCGAAGCGUAGGAACGAACGUUUGGAACGUAGUUCCCGCUAUAGAAUUGUCAAAAUAAUGGCCGAUGAAAGAAAACCGUGCCCCUCGACCCGCGUCGAGGUGAUUUGUGCACGUGUUUUCCACCAGGCUCGGAAAGCAAAAAUAUUGAUGCAUACAAAUAUGUGUAGUGAAACAAAGUUUUGUGUAGACGGUUUUGUUGAAUGUUGAUUUGUUUUUCUUGAUUUUGUAGGGCAUAAUACGCGCUGGGAACCCUGCUAAACUCAUUAAUUUUGUACUACUAUCAAAACAAACGCUGUCAAUUUAGAGGUUGAAUAUUUGAUUCAAAACAAAAUCUACGGUUUUCACGUUAGUUAUCUAUUUUUAUGCCUAAGAUCUUCUAUUGUAUCUAUGUAAAUUAUACAAACGCAGAUUUGAUCAGCUAAAUUAAAAUAUGGCUUUUAUAUAAGAAACUGUUUUUAAAUCUCAAGAGUGCUUUGUAUGUGUUAUGGUUUCUCAGUUUGUGAAUAUGUAUGUAGAAACCCCUUCUGUCCUAGUCGUAGAUACUUACAAGAUACCGUUUAAUUUAAAACGCGUAAUUAAAGGUUGCAUUGGCAUGGCAACCAUGCUAGACGCACAAUAUAGUCGUUUUUGGCUUAAAUUAAUUGUUCAUAACGCGCUUUAUUACUUAAAUUAUAUCAAAAAGCGCUGUCUUUUAGUGUGUAGAUUUUCUCCUUCAGAGAUAACACAGGAUAUAUAAGUUCCAUUGCCAUCCUUCACUCUGUGUGAUCGGGCUCAAUGUAAAAAUAGAUAACAUGCUUAGUUUAUUAUAUUUUUUUGGUUUAUUUAUGGCUAUGCAUGCAGCCUCUGACGGUUUAGAGAUAUCGCACUAUGACGCCAUAUUUUUUUACUCUAAAUGAUAGUAAGCGGCCAUUUUGGAUUUUGGUUUAGUAACGCUACCACGAAACCAUUUUUCUUACUAUGUGGACCGCGCUAGAGCAUCCUCGCUAAAGAAAACUAUUUCAUUUCAGUCUUGUAAUCAAUAUGAGUUCAAAUCUGAUGUGCCCUAGGUAUUUCUAUUUUCAUAUUACAGUACAUUGUUAUCUCAAAUUUACAUUGAUUCAGAGUAUACCAGCUGUCGAUUUAGCUUACCACAUACCCAGUUUCGAUAUUUAAUCUUGACAGACAUUAUAGUUAACCAAUUCGUUACAUUCCACCGACACUUAUCGUUUUGGCCUCAAAUUUCUUAAUCGUAAUAUUAACAUAACAAACCUAUUGAAAAUUAAUUUCAUUUAUCCGAUUCUGAUGAGCAUCCCGACCCUGAACUCGGACCUGAAAAUAAUUAUGAGAAAAAUAAAGAUAUUAAAUAAAUUCCUCACAUCGUUGGUGCUUUUACUUGCCUAUUUUUCUUUAUGUUUUGAGUUAUUUGAGGAGCUUGAUGGCGCGGGUGGUUAGCGCGUUCGGCUGCGAUCAUUGAAGUUAAGCAACUUUCGCAGUGGUCGGUCAUUGGAUGGGUGACCAUAAAUCUUCUAUCUCGAGUUCCUCCGUGCUUCGGAAGGCAUGUUAAGCCGUUGGUCCCAGCUGCAGCUACAGUCGUUAGCGCCCGCCAACCGCACUGGGCUCGCGUGGUGGGUCAUGGCCCAAUCUCCCUAUUCCAUCCAUAGGAAAGGCCUGUGCCCCAGCAGUGGGGACAUUAAUAGGCUGAUGAUGAAUGAUGAUGAUUAAGUUAAGAAAGCUAUACGUAGAACUAUAGUUAUUGUAUGCAAUAGGGUAUUUGACAAGUUUUUGAAAACGAUUAUAGGUUAUUUCAAGUGUUAAUGGACCCCAUAAAAGUGAAUAUUUAGCAUUCUGUUGUGUAUUUCCAUAAAACGGCUUUGAUUAAAACUUCAAACAGUACAAUGUAAUGUCACUUUUAUCAGCAAGUUUACGUGUGUGUGUAAUUUGUGUUAUUUGAGGCUUCUCUAAUAGAAGGCAGUGUUUUUUUGUCAGAAUCUUCUCAGACAUUGUGCUAUAUUUUCAAUAUAAAAAUUGACUUCACGUUUGUUUCAAAAGGAAAAUGUUCCGUUUUACAAAAAUAAAUGAACGAAUAUAUUAUAUAAUAUAUUUUGAAUAUUGUCGAAUAGCCUAUUGUUUUCAAUGCAUGAAUUAUGUCUAUUUUGUUUCAAAGUAAAUGUAACUAAUUAGAAAUGAUAUGAAAGCAUUACUGAUUAACAAAACAUGGUUCCAAACUCAUACACUAAACUUCUAUAUUAACGCGACACGCACACAGACAAACAAAAUAAUUUAUUAAUACAAAUUGCAAAUUAAUUCAGCUAUUCAUUCAUUGGGUAAGAUAAUGUGAAACCGAAAUCGCAGCCAAUACCAUGAUCGCCGUGUUCAUCGUAUUUUUUUCGCUCCGCCUAUUUGAUCGCAGUUUGCUUGGAAUCACUUUUGAGAGUAUUCCAUAUCAUUUUAGAACUAAGUCAGACAAAACGUUUGUAAUUAGCAGGACUAAGUUUGCUGCAAAUAGUUUCAUAUCUAGAGCAUGUCAAAGAUAUAAUAAAUACUUCAUAUAUUUUGCCUUUCUUACAAUCAAUUUAGAAAUGAAUGGUAUAAGGUCCGUUUUACCCUAACACUCAGUAACUAUUUUCUUACCAUAAAUUUUAAUUAUCAUGAUCUUUAUUGUAUUCACAUAACUCUAAAUACUCUAACUUUAAGUCAAUUAUGUAGGUGUAUGAAUGUUUCAGUCUGUGGAAACUUAACUGGUUUAUGGAAAAGUAAUAAGUGUUACUUAAUUGAAUUGUGUAAAACUGUAUGUUUCCCAAAUGAAAAUAAAUAAAUAAAUUUCUAAUCUAAUUCGUUGAGCAAAUGAGUAUUACCUGAGUGUCUUGAGUACCGACGACGUCGUCGUGGUUCCCUCGAGGGGCUGUCCGAGUUAUAUUCAGUCUCCGUGUCCAUGGGCGGGCCGUUUCUGGUCCGCGAACUACGGCCUUCUUCGUACCUGAUAUAAAAAAAUAUGUAUGAAAAAACCGGCCAAGUCUGAGAUGGCGGACUCUCGCACAAAGGGUUCCGUAGCAUUAACUACAACAUUAGAUACUAUAUUAUAAAAUCGAGCAAAAAAACGACAAUAAAACAAUGUUGCAUGGGAGCCUCGGAUAAAUAUUAAUUUUAUUGUAAUUUCAUAAUUAUUAUUCUUUAAAUUGGAUAUACAAUUAAAUAUUCUGUGAUCUUUCAAGCGUCUUCUUGUUGCAGUUAUUAAUAUAGAGCAAAAACGACCCAAUAAAAAAACAAUUUGUUGUAUGGGAGCACUCCUUAAAUAUUUAUGUUAUUCUUUUUUUAGUAUUUGUUGUUAUAGCGGCAACAGAAAUUCGUCAUCUGUGAACAUUUGAACUGUUUUGCUAUCAAGGUUCAUAAGAUAUAGCCUGGCGAAAGACAAACAGAUAGAUGAACAGACAAACAGACCGAUGGACAGACAAACAGUCAGUGGUGUCUUAGUAGUAGGAUCCUGUUUUUACCCUUUGGACACGGAACCUUAAAAAGGAUCUUUAUCGAUUGAUAGUUAAACGACCUUUGUACUGAAGAGGUAUGCAGGUGAGUACUUUGAGGACCUGGGUUUUAAUUUCGGUAGGGGCAAAUGUUGUGAUGAAUACGAGCUUUUCUGUGAGUCAUGCAUGUUUAUAUAUUAUGUAUCUCGACUUCAUAACAGAAGACUUAUUGGUGCACUUUCGGGCUAGGCUAAUUGGAAUGAGUGUAAGAAACAUUAAUUUAUAGAGGACCUUGAUGGCGCAGUGAUUAGCAAGUUCAACUUGCGGUCGUGGAAGUCAAGCAACUCUUCCAAUGGUUAUUUAUGGGAUAGAUAAACACGGGCACGUUUAGCCGUUGGCCCCAGCAGCUACAUCUGCUCGUUAUCAUUCACCUAUUCGUAUUAAUUAGGCCUGCAUUAAGGGGCAUGACCCGUCUCCCCAUUCUACCCAAAGGGAAGGCAAAUCUAGUACUUCAGUGAAACAAUGAGUUGUCUGGAAUGACGGGCACCAGGUGGCAGCACUGAGACGAAAGGUCUACUCAUCCGUUAAAUCACUUAUGUCUGCAUAGUCUACGGUGUCUCCCAGAUAAUAGGUUUAUGUAUUGACUAGCGGCCCGCCCUCGCUUCGCUUCGGUGUAGAGCUGAAGUGUAGGCUACAGUUUUUGUUCUCAGGCUUGUAUUAUAUACAAUGACAUUCAUUUAUGAUUCUUCUUAUACCUGCAUGCAGUCUCAGCCCGAUCGGUUUAAAAUUGACAAAGUUUCAUACAAACUUUUACUCCCUAUUUUAUCCACUUGGGGGUAGAAUGGAUCAAAAUCCUUUCUUAGCGGAUGCCUAUGCCAUAACAUCUACCUGCAUGCCAAAUUUCAGCCUGAUCCGUCCAGUGGUUUGGGCUGUGCGUUGAUAGAUCACUAUGUCAGACAGUCACCUUUGAGUUUUAUAUACACACAUCAAAAGUGUCUAGGGAUCAAGCAUUUUUAUGCGGAUUUCUUGAGAUUGAGAUGUGGCUUUGUAAUAAAUUUAUGAUUUUAUAAAUUUAUAUGGAUCCUUUUUGGUGCAUUUCAUAAUUUGAAUCAGGAACUGUGAAUCAAAUUCGAGUAAAAGAUGAAAAUCAGCUGUCAAUAUUUUCCCUAUAAAAACAUACAACGCAUUGAAGACAUUAUUAGUGCUACUGUUUCCCUACUACUGAUUAAAACCAACGUUAUUAUGGAGCGGCGACGUCAUUUAAGCAG